AUGACCCUCUCGCUCUCUCUCCACAGCAAGUACAGUGUCCAGCGUACUACCUCAAACCUUGGGGUCUCCUACUACGUGAAGCCUGACUUUUCGACUGACUACCAAGGAAACAUUAGGCGGUUAGAGCAGCAUGUGGAGGAGGACUAUGUAUCCACUUUACGAAACGCUUGCUUUAAGGAGAAGAAUUACAAGGAAAAUAUGAUAUGGAGAGCCCGGUCCUUUGGCGAUGCACAGAUGUUCAAGAGAGCCCAGGAGUUACGAACCCCUUCGUGCGACUCGCUCCAGAGUCUCUAUAGUUAAGGAUGCACUCCACAAUAAGCUCUGUUAAUGCAGAUCUUGAGCAUUGCUUCAUUCU